AUGGAUUCUCUCGACUUGUCUCACACGUCACAGUUUAAGGGAGGAAGUGAAACAUUUCUUCGGAAUGUGUUUGAAAAUAUACUGAAAACGUACCUAAAGAAGAACCCUACAGCAAAGAAAAUAUGGGAACUUGUUCAGUCGGUGGACAACGAGAAGAUCUUCUAUGACCACUUCACUUUCAAGACUCUUAAGGUUGAUGGUUACGGAAUUGAUUCUUUGUCAAGUUUCUUCAUGGAUUAUGGAUAUAAAGUUCGAGGUGAAUAUUAUUUCCCAAAGAACCUACGAGUUCUCUGGUAUACUCCUCCUGAUGUUCACGUCCCUAAUGAUGGCCACGGUCACGGUCUAUGCAACGGCCCUUUGCCACAACUUGUUAUAGCUGAGGUUGUUGUGGACGAACUAAGCCCUGAAUCACAGGAGAUAAUAAAGAAGUAUUUAAAACCAGAAGGUGGUAAGCAAGCCCUUCUUUCAUGUAUUUUGGGGAAUUUAAUUUGGGAGAAGCCUACAUGGACCGACUUCAACACACUUGCCAAAGAAAACGAAUUUGCGGCAUGGGCACUUAUCCAUGGCUACACAAUGAACCAUCUUGCAUUUUCCGUUCAUCGAUUCAAACACCGCUUCAGUGACAUCACAUGCCUCAAAGAGUAUCUAGAAGAAAAGGGCUUCGAGCUCAAUAAAGAUGGAGGAGUCAUGAAAGUGAGUCAAGAUGGUCUACUCUUACAACUCUCCUCGAUCUCGGAGAAACUUGCGGUUGAAUUUGCAGACGGAGUAACUGAAACGAUCCCGGCUUCUUUCAUUGAGUUCAUUGACCGUCAAGUUCUACCACAGUUCAAAGAUCUGCCUCAUGACCAGAUUGAAGAGUGCCAUAGACGCAAAGACUUUGAUUUCGAUAACGGAAAAAACAUUUUGGACAGCUCCCGUUUCACCUCAAAUGUCUAA